AGUAUGGGCGGCGGAAAGGGUAAAAAAGACGUUAAUGCAAAACUAAGAACUAAUUUUAAAAACAUACUGAAAUACAAAACAGACCACCUUAAAAUAAAAUCAACAGACUCGUUUGCAAAAUCAACAGACUCCGAUGCAAAACCAACGAUCAGCGAUGCAAAACCAACAUUUAUUCACUGAAUUGACGCUAGAUGGCGUGCAAAGAAGCGCGCGAGAUGUAACUUGCUAUAAACGUCAUGAUUAUGAGGGUACUUUCUUAUAAUAUGGCGACCAACAGAAUAGACGAGGAAGUUGAUGUUGUGAAAAAGAAUUUUAUCGCUCGCUUGACCCAUAUUUUAGCCAGACUACACCCACUUAUACACUCUAGUGACCCUAGUGUUCAAUUAGAGUAUGUUAUGUAUCAAAUGCACAGUUUAUGUCGUGAUAUUCAGCACGUUCAUGGAUGGCUUCCAGUAUCGGAUGACUUCGUAUCCCUUGUUAUCGAAGCCUAUCGCUUGUUAAGCGUGGUUCCAAACAACGCUUGGGAAAGACAUUACGAAAGACAUCCGAUUAGCGUUCACAAUGGUUGCAUCGGACGUCCAAAACUAAUCAUCACAGAACAGCAACUGCAACAUUUAUUGGAUGCCUAUUUCACAGUGAAGGAUAUAGCCUCCCUUCUCUCUGUGAGUGAAAAAACCGUGAAGAACAGACUGAAAGAGUAUGGAUUAUGUGUGAGAAUGACAUAUAGCAAUAUUGAUGACGAUGUUUUGGAUUCAUGGAUACAAAGAGGUCUUGGCUUAUUCCCAAGGGCAGGAUACAAAACAUUGCAGGGAUUCUUAGCAGCAGAAUCUAUCCGAGUUCCAAGAGAGAGAAUAAGGGCAUCAAUGCAUCGCCUAAAUCCUACUCGACAGACUCUCAGAAGUUUGACAACCAUAAAAAGAAGGUCAUAUCAAGUACCAUCACCACUUGCCUUGUGGCACAUUGAUGGAAACCACAAGCUUGUGCGUUGGAGAUUUAUUGUCCAUGGCGGAGUUGAUGGGUACUCCAGAGCAAUUGUUUACUUAAAGUGCAGUACCAACAAUGAAUCCAAGACUGUACUUGACCUGUUUAUGAAUGCAAUACAGGAAUGGGGUUUGCCAUCCCGCGUUCGUGGUGAUAUGGGUGUUGAAAACAGAGAUGUCGCAACAUUUAUGCUGAAUCACCCACUACGAGGACUUCAUCGUGGCAGUUUUAUCACAGGUCGAAGUGUCCACAAUACUAGGAUUGAGAGACUGUGGAGGGAUGUAUAUGAAGGUGUUUUGUGUACAUUUUACAAUUUAUUUAGAUCUUUAGAGGAUAUGGAUCUCUUGGACCCAACAAAUGAAAUCGAUUUAUUUUGUCUGCAUUAUACAUUUCUGCCAAAAAUCAACUUCUUGUUGCAAAAUUUUGUUAAGAUGUGGAACAAUCACAAAAUUUCUCUGUAAAGAACAAAAGUCCUUUACAGCUUUUUAGGAUUGGAAUGCAAAAUGUUGCAGUGGUAAAUUCAUGCAAUUUGGGGCAUGAAUAUUUUGAACAAUUCGAUGAUGUAACUGCAAUGUCCUAUGGUGUGGAAAGUGAUGAUUUUAAUGCAGAACCAGAAGAGCAAGUGAUUGUCCCAUCAACCAUAGACCUGACUGAGCAACUGGUUUUUCAUUUAGAAAAUGUAACAAUAGAGGAUGAAGAUAUAUGGGACGAAAAAACUUAUGUGGAAAUCCGAAAUUAUCUGAGAAAUUUGGCUUAAUAUUUUUACUCAUUUUAUUACAUUUACCUGUAUUUAUUUUAAUUUUUUAACA